AACCAAUCGAGUAGCGUUUUACUAGGUGGUCGUCGUCGACUGUUUUGACAAACAUUUUGGUAGCGUCGAUUUGCAGUUGGUAUUAAUACAUUUAUGUCGUUUUAUGAAAGGCCGUUUACUUUUGAGCUUAUUCGAGAAGCAGACUAUCAUUUUUUAUUCAAGCAACCAAGCCUUCGUGAGAGGGAAAUGUAUUCUGAAAGAGGGAGUAUAUAGACGAUCGACCUACAGAGGAGCGGCCAUUGUACCAUAGAAAGCACGCGCAAUAGUGUUUGUCAGCUCGAUGGGAUAGCAGCCAACUCCACUUGUCUGGCUUGCAGCUGUAGGUAUGGACUCCUCCCUCUACUUGUGCUCUACCUGCUACCAGAUAUUCAACUCUCUGGAGGUGGUGAUCUCUCAUCAGCUCACCUGCCAACCGGUCAACACAGAGGAGAUGGUCCCUGCAGCGCCACCUACAGCACAGACCGAGAGCUCCAGAGUGGUGCUUGAGUCUCAGAAUGGACCAUCCCAGCACCAAGAGAGAAACCAAAAGAGAACCUUCAUGAUGAACCCAAACCUGCCCUACCUGCACUCCCACAUAGAGAAGAGAGCGACUGGAAGUCCGACCGGUUCCAACAGCCCUCAGAACCAGACCCAAACGCAAAACCUGACUAGCCCGGCCCUGCUCAUCCACUAUCAGUGUAGGGAAUGUGAGGCGUUGUUUGAGUCCCUGGAGCUGUGGCAGAAGCACAGCAAGCUGGGUGACUGUUCUGCAACCACUGGGUCAGAACCAAGGGACCAGGAAAUGGACACAGAGUGUCAGCCUGUGAUAGGAGAUGAAAAGGGGGUGGAGGAACAGAGUGGUAGAGGGAUGGAUGUGAAUAUAGAGGAGGAUGGUGACAAAGAGAGGGAGGAAGAGGUAGACUAUGGAGGAGGGAUGGAACAAGAACAUAGCAUUGAGAUUGAAUUGGAAUCAGAAACAAACUCCAACUCCCAGCAUUCCUUCCCCAACACUCCCAUGUUUACAAACCCUGCUGCCUGUAGUUCCAAUCCAACUGCUUCCUCCUCGAGACAGACCUCCUUCUGUGUGGCCUGUGGCUCGGGCUUCAGCACUGAGUCGGCGCUAAAGCUGCACCGUGUGGUCAUCCACGGCUUGCCGGGGGCGCUACAUCACUGUGACCUGUGUGGAAAGAGCUUUAUGAACACUACCAAGUACCUCUACCACCGCAGGCAGCAUCGAGACAGAGGGAAAAAGGACUUGGAGCUCUCCACACCCCGGGUGGACCACAUUUUACCUAAGCCUCUGUUCCAGUGGAAAAGCAACAGUGCUGUGGCGAGUGGUGGAGAAGAGACCCCGACCCAUCCACCCCUCACUACCACCACCCUCCCUGACCCUUCCACCUCGCUACCGGCCCUGGAAACAACACCAGGGGACCACUUCGGACCGUGCCCCCACUGCGGGCGUUUCUUCAAGAGCUGCAGCCGCAUGCGCACCCACAUCCAGGCCCACUCAGGCCUCCAGCCGUUUAAGUGUGACCUCUGCCCCAAGACGUUUGCCUACAGCAGAUGCGUGACGCACCACCGUAUCACCCACAGCGCCCGCAAGCCUUACACCUGCCUGCGCUGCGGCAAGAGCUACACGCUGUUGGGCACGCUCCAGACCCACCACCUACUACACGAACACCAGGAUGCCUUGAACAAAGAUGGCGUUGUGGUGAAGGAGGACACAGUCAAGGAGGAGGGUCCUGGUGUGGUCAAUGACGCAGAGUCAAAGAACUCAAAGUACCCAACGUUUUUUCGAUACAAAUGCCCCGAUUGUCCACGCUGCUUCCGAAUGUCCUCUCAGGUGCCGGUUCACAGAUACUCUCACACAGGGAAGUGUCCGUUCACCUGCUCCAUCUGUGGUGAACACUUCUUCCACAAGAGCAGGCUGAAGCUUCAUGCUCUCACACACGACGGUCAGAGAAAUACUAAUGGAGUGGUGGACAUAGUUAAGGGAACAGGCCAGGGUAGAGGCCGUGGCCAAGGCAGAAGGCGGGACAAGACCACAGGGCUUCUGGACUGUGAGUUCUGCCGCCACCACUGUGUCACCAAGGAAGGCCUGGACCUCCACAGAUUGUCCCACGCCGGACAGACCCCUUUGCGCUGCCCCAUGACCCCCUGCAGACGGCGCUAUGCAACGGCAGCCUCCCUGGAAGAGCACCUCCUUACCCACUGCCCGGCGCCUGGGUACACGGUGGCCGCCGCCGAUCUCCCCAAGCCCCGUCCCUUCCACUGCCAUCACUGUGGGAAGGACUUCACCACCGGCUCAUCACUCAGUGUCCACCUUAGAGUCCACACGGGGGAGAAGCCCUUUCAGGUCCUGGAUUGCAGGAAGCUUGGCCUCGUGAUGUACUGGGCCAUACGCACUACCCUCUGUAGCGCCUUACGUGUUCCCAAUGUUGGAAGCGCUUCCGACAGAUCCCUCACCUGCGCGACCACGAGCGUCUGCACAGCGGCGAGCGUCCCUUCGUCUGCGGUGUCUGUGGCAAGAGCUUCGUCCUGGCUGCCCGCCUCACGGAGCACGCCCGCACUCACAGUGGCGAGAAACCAUUCUCCUGCCCCAUGUGCCACCGGGCCUUCCGCUCCCUCUCCAACCUGGGAAAGCACCGCAAGACCCACCGCUGCUGCCCCCCCACACAGCCACAAGAGGGCAUCAGCGAGCAGACCGCUGUCCUAGGGGUCAAAAUUCGGGGGAAUAUGGACAAUAUGGAGGGUCAGGCGGCCGUGCGUACGAUCUUACUUGUUCAGCCCCAAGUGGUCUCUCAGGGAGGAUCUUCUUCCGUAUCUGCUCCCCUCGUCCUCCUGCACCCCUCAGUUGCUGUGGGCAACGGACAGGCCGGGGCUGUGGGGGGCACCAUUAUGCGGCAUGCCAUCGAGGUCAUCGUGGAGCAGGCUGGUGAGCAGCGGGUGAAAAGUUGAUGUAACUUCACUGGUGAGACAUUUCACAAGAGGCUGCCAAGGACACCUGGAUGAAAAUCAUUUCUGAGAAGAACUGUCACAAUCUAAAAGGAGGAUAAGAAGUGGGUGGAGAGCAGGGAGUGAAGUGGGACUUGAAUAAAUGAAACAUGAAGGGAUGGUGCGGUGUUAGGAUUACGAGGAUCAGUUUUCAAUUUAAGUACAAAUGUAUAGAAUGGCUUUGAAGUAAGUUACUUCUAAUAGAAUGUUUUUGAGCCUGUGUUUAAUCUCAAUUUUACAGAGUGCCUUCACAAUCUGUUGUAUUUCUUUGAAUAAAAUGCUCUCUUUCCA